UUUAUCAUGGGGUACAAGACUCUGUGCUUUGGAUUCUUUUGUAUUUUAUUUGCUUAUUGUAUUUAUUCACCUAUUCCAGAAGAUGUUGAAGAACCCUGGAAAGUGAGGAUCAUCAGUGCUAUGAUAAAAAUGACUACAUUUGUGGGCACAAUAUGUGAAAAUAUAGGUCUUCUGAAAUAUGAAGAGCUACUAGCAACUUUAUCGACAGUCCACUAUACAAAAGCAGUUUCAGAUGAAAACAUUACAGUUAUUGACACAAAAUUUAGUGAUAUCCCUGUUCGUUUGUACUUGCCAAAGAAGAAGUCUGAAAGACAGAGACCAGCUGUAAUUUUCAUUCAUGGUGGUGCCUUUGUCUUGGGAAGUUACAAGAUAGCAGCAUAUGAUGAUCUGAAUCGAUGGACAGCAAACAAAAUUGGUGCUGUUGUUGUGGGGAUAGACACACGCAUCUGCAUUAUGGGAGACAGUUCUGGGGGUACCUUGGCAGCAACAGUGACUCAACUGCUACAGAAUGAUCUAAACUUCAAAGAUAAAAUUAAAGCACAAGCCUUGAUGUAUCCUGGCCUACAGUCACUUGAUACUUUGUUACCAUCCCAUCAAAAGUAUCAACAUGGUCCAAUUUUGACCAGGGAGAUGAUAAUUAAGUUGGUGUGCCUAUAUGUGACUGAAGACAAAGUUCUACUCCAGGCUGCACUGAGAAAUGAGCAUAUGCCAACAGAGUCAAGACACCUGUUCAAAUUUGCUAACUGGAGUGACUUUCUUCCUGAGAAGUAUAAAAAGAACCAUGUUUACAUUGAACCAGUUCUUGGAAAAUUGAAUGCUUCCUAUCCAGCACUUGUGGACAGCAGGUUGUCCCCUUUGCUAGUCAAUGACACCCAGUUACAGAGUUUGCCAUUAACAUAUGUUGUCACUUGUGAACAUGAUCUCUUAAGAGAUGAUAGUCUCAUUUACAUCUCACGGCUUAGAAAAGUUGGGGUGAAAGUUACUCAUGAGCACAUAGAGAAAGGAGUACAUGGAGCCUUAUCAUUCACCAGAGCUCCAGUAUUUUUAAAUUUAGGAUUAAAAAUAAGAGAUAAGUAUAUUAAUUGGUUAGAAGAAAAUCUGUAAGUCAAUAAAGCAUGCAGCUGGGUAAUCGAUAAAGAAAUGUGAAAGGAGAAAUCAUAUGACAUGUAAAUAAAGAAAAUAUCUAAUAAAAAUGUACAAAAAAGACAGUUAUAUUUUGAACUAUUGUAUGAUGAAUAGGCACAAAAUUAACUGACUUGUGGAUAAAGCUACCUUUCAAAUUGAGUAAAGGUUACUGUAUAUGCUUGAGAAAGUUACUUCACUUACUUGAUCUUAGAAAUACUUAGAAAUACUUGCUUCAUUAUCUGUAUUAAUUACCACUUGUGAAAAAUGCACUUUGAGUAGUUAAUAGUGUCAAAAGAGUAGAAAAACAUGUGUUGAUUACAUGCCAACAUUUUUUAGAGGUUUCAUGACAGUGAUAAGCCAUAUUUGGAAUGUAUCACAUGAAAAAAAUAACUUCCAAUAAAAGUGGAAAGGAGUCAUGAGGACUGGAUGGGUUGGCACAUUACUCUCCAGCAGCCCAGGGGCAGAAGGGCAGUCAGGUAGACAGAUUUCUGUGAUUUCAAGACCAGGUUCGUUUAUGUAGGUAGUGCUAGGACAGCCACUGGUGUUUAGUGACACAUUUUUUUCAAAAAAGUAAAUAAAAGAAGAGUAAAGAAUAGAAACCAUGAAUAGGAGAAGUGCAAUAAGGUAUAAUUGUAAUGACAUUUGUAAUGAUUGAGCAUUGAACUAUACUGCUAUGGUUUUUCCAGUCAUGUGCUCUCUAUCCAUUAGCAUAAUCUGCUCAAGGUGAAUUACAUUAGUUGUUCUUUUUACUCACUGCCCCUGAAAUUUAUAUUCUGCUUUUUAUAAGAACACUUUGUUUAUUAGAAGACGUUUACUUGAUCAUAUACUGUUCUUAAAGGUUGAACAUUUGCGCCUUACUUACAUUUUUGUAACAUCAAAUUUGAUGGAUACUUAUGUGGAUUGUAUUUAUUGUGGGACAACGCCUCGUAAUGCAUGAUGGUAACCAGCUAACUAUAGAUUGUAGGUAGAAUUAUUUAUUGUACUUUUUUGAAUUUUUGUAAUGAAGCAUUUUGCACACAGAGACUGUAUUUUCAGAGAGUUAUGUGAGUUGAUGAUCUCCAGACAUGCUUGCUUCCCUGUGAUGAUAGAAAACAUACUGCUGCAAGCACAAAUCAACUCAUAAAUUGCUUCAUUUCUACUCAGAAGCAUUAAAAUUAAUGUUCAAUUUUUCUGAUGUCCUGGUGAUCCUGCUCCUUGUGUGUGGUUAUUUGACUUAUAUGGUGCUCUUUUUCAUAAUGCUGAAUAAACUUUGUGUAAUAGAAA